AUGUAUGAUCACUUACGAAAACAAAAUGAGAAAGCCUAUGAACCAUCAAAAGUUGCUUUUGGUCCUUACCAUCAUGGCAAACCAAACCUACAAGAAAUGGAACUCCACAAAUUACGGCACCUACGAAGGUUUCUAAAUGUAAUGAGAAAGAAAUGGGAGUUCAUAAAUUCUGCAACGGAACUUCAGGAGGCUGGGGUUCAAUUCAAGAAGGCUGAGGGAAGCAACUUGUUUGAUAUAAAAUUCAUUAGUGGGGCUUUAAAAAUUCCAGUAUUAUCCAUCACAGACUAUACAGAGUCUUUCUUGACAAAUCUAGUUGCAUUUGAGUUGUGUCCUUCAUAUCAUAAGCCAAAAGGUUUACUCCAUGUCAAGUUGUUCAAAAUCACCCUAACAAAUCUCGAUGACUUUGGUUACUCUGAAGUUUUCAUUAAUGUAAACAACCAUUGUAAGCGAUGCCGAAACAUGUGGAUAGCAAACUUAAAGCGGAAUUACUUCAACAGUCCAUGGGCAUUCAUUUCAUUUUUGGCUGCUACCACACUACUGCUGCUUACCAUUGCACAAACUAUCUUUUCCAUUCUUACUUUUGGCAAAGGCAGCUUUUGA